GGACAAAAGUCGAAUUUCCAAUCCAUUGACCUGGAAAUUUUCAUCAAACACUGCGUUAAAUCCCAAAAUCAACUGAAUUACUUCAUCAGAUUUCUGCCGAAUUCAUCGGCGAUCGUUUUCCGAUAAUCUGCCGCCUCUGCGCCGUCAACGAUGGCGGUCCCGUCGUCCACUACCACCUCGAAUAUCAUGCUCGCGAUCUUCGAGAAGAAGACCAACUCCGUCGACCUCUACCGGCCUCUGCGCAAUUUCAUCGUGAUCAAUUAUUCCGAGCGCGAGGCUCAGAAUUUGGAGGACGAUCUCCAGACGCUGAAGCAGCUGCGCUCCGAGGUCGAGCGCGGCGGCGCGGCGGAUUCGCCGACCGCGCGGCGUGAUCUGCUCCAGAACUACUACAGAGCGCUCUGCGUGGUGGAAUCUAGGUUUCCGAUAUCGCCGGAAAAGGAUCACGUCAAUGCGGUGUCGUUUAUUUGGUAUGACGCUUUUAAGAAUAAGCAGAAGGCUACUCAACAGAAUAUUCAUCUAGAAAAAGCUGCUGUCCUGUUCAAUUUGGGGGCAGUCCACAGCCAAAUUGGACUGAGUUGCGAUAGAUCCGCAGUUGAAGGAAGGAAGCAGGCUUCACAUUCAUUUAUGGCAGCAGCUGGGGCAUUUGCGUUUUUGAAGGAUAAUGUGGCAAUGAAGGCAUCAGCGGGAGGCUCAACUACUCUUGAUAUUUCGGUGGAGUGUGUUGGGUUGCUGGAGAGGUUGAUGUUAGCUCAGGCACAGGAAUGUGUGUAUGAGAAUACCAUAGCUAAGGGAAGCAGUCCUGGAGUAUGUGCAAAGAUUUCAAGACAGGUUGGGCUAUUCUAUGAGGAUGCGUUGGCAGCACUUACUGUUACACCAUUGAGUCAGCAUUUUGAAAAAGGAUGGAUUUCCCAUGUUCAACUUAAGGCAGCCAUGUUUCAUGGGGAGGCCUGCUACAGGUACAGUUUGGAGCUGCAUGGGAAGGAAGAAAUUGCUGAAGAGAUCGCACGUGUAAAAAUUGGGAUUAGUGCCUUAUCCGAUGCAAGAAAGUCAGCUCCUAGAGGGGCUGCUCAGCAGCUCUUGGAUGCAGUCACUAAACUAGAAACUAUAUUAAAAUCUAACUUGGAGAGGGCCGUGAAGGAGAAUGAUAGAGUGUACUUGAUGAGGGUUCCUCCUGCCAGUUCUUUAUCAGCACUUCCAACAUUUUCUAUGGUUAAGCCAAUGGUAAUGAAUGAGAUAUUGGAUGCUAGCAAAGAGAAGAUGUUUGCCAGUCUUGUCCCUGAUAGCAGUGCGAAGUCCCUUUCUAGGUAUACUGAAAUGGUGGAUGACAUCAUUAGGACACAGGCUGAGAAAUUGCAACAGGGAAGUGAACUAGCUCGGGUGAGGCUGAGGGAGAUGGAUUUGCCUGAUUCAGUUCUUUCACUGGAAGGGAACACUCCUUUGCCACCUGUUCUAAAAGAAGAUGUUGAGGCAGUACAGAUUUGUGGUGGCCCGGCAGGUUUAGAAGCUGAGCUGCAGCAACUUAAAGAUUUAAGUAGGGUGAACCAUGAAAUGUUGAUUCAAACAGAGGAGCAGUUGCAGAAAGAAGCAACCGAAGAUGCACAGUUCAGGAACCAAUUUGGAACUCGGUGGACUAGGCCACAAUCCAGUACCUUAACGAAGAACUUACAAGAUAGGUUAAAUAGGUUUGCAGCCAAUCUGAAGCAGGCUGCAGAAAGUGAUGCUCGGAUAGAGAGAUCUGUUCGGGAGCAUUUAGUCCUUAUGUCAAUCCUUGACUCUCGGCCUAUUGAAUCUGCCCUGCCAAGUCUUUCAAGGCCAAUAAUGUCGCUGGAUGCUGGUGAAGAUGCUAUAGUUGGAGCCCUGAAGCAGAGUCUGAGGCAAUUGGAGACUCUUGGUGCUCAAAGGGCAGGUCUUGAAGACAUGCUCAAAGAAAUGAAGAGGAAGGAUGAUAUAUUACCCAAGUUGAUGGCUACAGCUGGCUCUCAUGAAGAUCUUUUUAGAAAGGAGAUAUCCAAGUAUGAUAACAUCUGUGAAGAAAUUGCGAAGAACCUUGGAGCUCAAGAGCAAUUAUUGAUGCAUAUUCAGGCUCAAAAUGAUGAGUUUGCUGCUAUCUUUAACCUUGAAGACUAUAAAGCGUCUCGUGAGAAGGCCUAUAAACAGAUCGAAGCUGCCAUAGCUAAAUAUCGAGAAAUCAAGGAGAACAUCAAUGAAGGACUGAAGUUUUAUGUUACUCUUCAGGAUGCUAUAACCCUCGUAAAGCAACAAUGCAGCGAUUUCGUGAUGACUAGGAACAUGCAGUGCCGAGAAAUGAUUGAUGAUGUUCAGAAGAAACUAGCUGGUCUUAAUUUCCAAGACAGCAAAAGCAGUAGCUAUUCUUUCCUGCCCUCGUCACAGCCUCAUCAAACUCAAUCGUCCAACCCACAACAGCCCUUGGAUCAAGGACGUGUGCCCCACACGUCAUACCUCCAAACACCCCCUACCUACCAGCCACCUCAGCACCCGACAAUGGCCUCUCCCUACCAGCCCUCUCAGCACCCGACAACAGCAUCUCCCUACCAGCCCUCUCAGCACCCGACAACAGCAUCUCCCUACCAGCCAUCUCAGCACCCGACAACUGCCUCUCCCUACCAGCCAUCUCAGCACACGACAGCUGCCUCUCCCUACCAGGCACCUCAGCACCCGACAGCUGCCUCUACCUAUCAGCAGGCACCUCAGCACUCAACGCCACCCGCCUAUGCUCAGACUCCUCCUUACGGAUACUCACAACCACCGCCAGCUCCAUACCAGCCUCCCGCUUCAAAUUAUCCAUACCCACCUCCCCAACACCAGCAGCAUACGAGUGCUGAAUACGGGCAAUCCCCAUAUGGUGGCUGGCAAGGCCAAUACUACAAUGCACCACCGCAGCAAACCGGUUCGAUGCCCCGCCCUCCGUACCCGGCUCAAUCUCCCUAUCCACCUCCCAACCAAAGCGGCUACUACAGACAAUAAUGGUAUGCUUAUCUUGUAUCUGUUAAACUAAAUUCAACAUCUAGUUAUUGUUUUUUGCGAUAUGCUACAUCAUUUAGUUUAAUCUACACAGUUCGAUUUCAACUGUAACACUUGAGUUCCAAGCUCCUACACAAUCACCUUGAAUAUGCAUUGACUUGAUUCAUAAAUACAAAUAUAAUAUUUCACA